AUGAAAAGUCGCAUAACGGACGCAUUAGUUCCUUUCAAGGGUAUAGUAAGUGACUUGGACUGCUACUGGGCAGGGUUUAUUCAGAUGCGCUAUCAAAGCACGCCUGCCGAUAAACGUUUUCAUUGCAGUGUCUGUAAGAAAUCCUUUAGACUUGAAAAGGCAGCUGAAUUGCAUUUACAGCAGGCUCAUAACAAUGAUGGGAGUAUUGAAGUCGGUGCAGGUCCAGGUUGUGAAUUAAAUGCACCACCAAGUCGCACGAAUUCCCUUCCUUCUGGUCCUACUGUGAUUUCCCAACCGUCAGAAGGAUCAACUCAAGGUGAACACCCUCGUUCUCGGCGAAGUCGUCCAAUUCCGAAGCCGCUAAAUACACCUGAUAAGGAGGUUCCAUCAGAUGUGACCAAGGAUAUCUUAGAUGUAUGGGACAAUGUUGGCCUGCAGCGUUUAGCCGGUAAGUUUAUUCAUAGUUCCAUGAUUAUAAAGGUAUCCGCAACAACACCGGAGGGAAAAUCAGCGUCUCUUCAUAACUUUUCUAAUCCGAAGGAAGGCACUUCACCUACUCAGCCAAAUUUUCAAAGUCAUCAAGUUGUGAAUGAUACUGUCCAUAACGUCAAUUUUGAUGAUGCAUAUGCAAUGGCUCCUGCCGAGUCCGCCAGACCUUUUAACGCUAUCUUAUGCGACAACCCACUCAUCGAAACCAGCACUGGAUUCCAUGAAGCUUUUAAGACCACACACAAGGUGAUUGACCCCAUGUCAGCGACCUCUGCAACGCCGUCAUUCACAGCAUUUGGGAAACUGCCAAUGUUCGGACAACAACAACAAACGAGUACGGUGAGUAGCACCUUGAACAGAGAUCAGCAGUCCGCAUUACCUUUAUCGGUGGCUUCUCCGUUUGCGAAUGCUGCCAUAACUGAGUCCCCCUUUUCUGGAAACGUAGCUUCCUCCCCUAUGACGCCGGAGGUCUCACCUUUUGUAUCACACAUACUAUCAAGUCCUUUUGCAUCAGGAUCCCCUCUUGUAUCUCGCCAAACGACAAUACCAUCAGCUAUACCUCCCGCCUCAGUGAACAAUACAAACAACGGUAUGACUGCAGAAGCCGCUAGUCCGUUUUCAAUGGGUUCCGCUGGUGAAUCAGUCAUGUCACCCUUUGCUUCUAACGGGGAGUUGCCUCUCGCAUCAAUGGUACCACCACCUAACUUUAUUAAUUCCGAUUUUGGUGCGCUGAACAGGGAAACAUCUCCGAAACACAAAUGUGAUUCAUGUGGUCGAUAUUUUUCAACACAUGAAGGGCUGCGCAUGCAUGCCCAAGCGAAACACGGUGUGAAUCUUCCACGAAUAGAGACGAAAGAGAACAACAAGAAAAAAUCUAUUGCUGAAUUGUCUGCAUACAUUCCGAGCCCUGUGGAUCUUUCCAUGACAAGUCCAUUUGGCGUUCAAGAUCAACCUGAAUUCAGUUGGGUUGACACCGAAAUUAUACCACACGCCGUGGCCGUUUCAAACAUUACAGUCAGCGGAAAGGUACUUGAAGUUAAUAAAAAUGACGAUAAGAUGUUACAAAUAAUUGUUUUAGUUUCAUCCGAAACACCUGAUGAAGGUGAUAAAAUGACCAUUAUUUGUUCAAGUGAGAUUUCAAAAAUAUACAUCGAAACCAUCCAACCGGAUGAUUAUUUGUUCGUGUGCGGGGUAUUGCGUCUAACUUCAAUAUAUGAGAAUCUCAGCGAUAAGUAUUACUCCACGCCAGUUAUCCAUGUAGCGACACCUGCAGGUCUUAUAGGCAAAAUAAGCUGA